UGUAAGGCGAGGACUUCUUUUUAAUUUGUUGCAGUGCAAACACUGGAUUUGUUUCAUUUAUCUGUUUACAUUUGCAAAAGUUUCGCAGGAUUCUUGUGGGUUUGGUGCUGUUUGUUAUUAUUUCUUUGACAAUCCAUUCAUCGUAAGCCUGUUGGUUCCUGUUCUCCUUGCAACCACUCCCUUCAAGCUCUGCGUGGAGAAGAUGUACUUGAAGAUCCACAGACACUCCUAGACAUUUAUUUAUUUAUUUAUUUAUUUUCUUUUUGCGAGGAUGAGGAGUCGGGUUGUCACGAAAGCGUCGUGCUUUCUGGGCACUUCUGCACUCAUUUACGCGCUGUUUUAUUUUGCCUUCUUCUCCUCCAGAAAUCCCUCUACAGACCUUUCCCCAAGGCUGGAGAGAACGGCUGAACACACCAUCCUGGACAAACUGGACCAAAUUGAGCGACAGAUUGGUCAACUCGCGAAAUCAUUGGAGCUGGGCAUUUAUAAAGUCCCACAGUACGCCGAAGAUCAUUCAGGAGUGGAGGAGGAGAAGAAGAAAAAGAAAAGGCGAGUGUUCAACAAGUUAUUCCCAAACUCGGAGCUGUUCGCCAAGUGGGGUGACGAUCUGUCCGAGGAGGAGCAGAAGGAAGCUCAAAACUUAUUUGAGCUUUAUGGCUACAACGUGUUUCUCAGUGACAGACUCCCUCUGAACAGGACGCUACCAGACACCCGAGGCGACAGGUGUGUGUCGAAGGUGUAUCCGGAGCAGCUCCCAUCAAUCAGUGUGGUUCUCAUCUACCUGAACGAGGCUCUGUCGGUGUUAAAGAGAGCCAUACACAGCAUCAUUGACCAGACGCCUGUUCACCUGCUCAAGGAGAUCAUACUGGUGGACGAUCACAGCACUAACGAUGAUCUAAAGGAAAAACUCAGCGAAUUUAUCGACCAAAUUCAUCAACAAAGGCCUGGAUUACUUAAGAAAGUGAGCCAUAAACAGAGACUGGGUCUGGCAAAGGCUCGUAUUUCAGGAUGGAAAGCAGCUAUCGGUGACGUGGUGGCCAUUUUGGAUGCCCACAUUGAGGUGCAGAAACAAUGGGCAGAACCACUGCUGGCCAGAAUCAAAGCAGAUCGGACGGUGGUCCUGUCUCCGGUGUUUGACCGGGUGGAUUUCGACACACUUGAAGUGGCUUUGUAUACUCCAUAUGCCCAUGCCUUCGACUGGCAGAUGUGGUGCAUGUAUGAGUCCUUCAGACCAGAAUGGUAUUUGCUUAAUGACCCGUCCGCACCUGGGAAGAGUCCUUCCGUCAUGGGAAUCCUCGUGGCCGAUCGAAAGUUCUUGGGAGAAAUCGGAGGUUUGGACGAAGGAAUGGAAAUUUAUGGAGGCGAGAACGUUGAGCUCGGAAUACGAGUUUGGCUGUGUGGAGGAAGCAUCGAAAUCAUCCCUUGCUCAAAGAUCGCUCACAUAGAAAGAGCACACAAGCCUUACGCACUAGAUCUGAGUGAGCCAAUGCGAAGAAACGCACUCCGUGUGGCUGAAAUCUGGAUGGAUGAAUAUAAGACAAACGUUUUCAUCAGCUGGAAUCUCCCUCUGAAGGAUCAUGGAAUCGAUAUCGGAGACGUGACUGAAAGAAAAAAGCUGAGAAAUCAGCUGGAGUGUAAGCCCUUUAGCUGGUAUCUGGAGAACGUGUAUCCUGAGUUAGACACCUGGGAUGAUCUUCUGGGCUACGGCGUAAUGCAGAAUGGCAUCUUAGAAAAUCACUGCAUCGAUCAGGGCCCGGUUCCUGGCAGUGUUCCUAUCCUUUAUGAGUGCCAUUACUUUACCCCUCAGCUCUGUUACUAUAAGAGUACUGGGGAACUCUACAUCGGAGGCAUCAAAUCUCACAGGUACGAUUAUAACCGCUGCCUGGUGGAUCCUGGUGAAGGAAACAAACCUGCGCUGUAUGACUGUAAAAUUGCCAAGGACCACAGAUUCCACAUGCUCUGGGACUUUAAACAGGGUCAUGCAAUAAGAAACAAACAAACACAAAGAUGUCUUGAGAUUGCCCAAGGAGAGGAUUCAUGGUACGAACUUAUCAUUCAACCCUGCAGCGCACAAACAUGGAGAAUACAAUACGUCCUUAAAGAAUUUUAACUACCUCUUGACAGCCAUGUCGAUCAAAUAACAACCUAAGGAAAUGCGACCUGUGGAACGUUGACCAUCGCUGAGAUUACUCAGUGAAGAGUAAUGGGGUAAUGGUUGAUGUCCGGAUGUAAAGCAAGGGCACGAUGAGAUGGAAAUUUCACACUAGUAAUGCAAACUCCAAAGUCGUUAUGGCACUGUUGCUAGGCAACUGGAAUCCCUAACAAACUAGCUAAUGACUGAGACACAGAGUGACUGGAUAUUAACAGUUUCCUCACUUGCAUUGUUCAUUGGCUGAGAAAAGACUUACACUGUAAUCAACCAAAUCACUGCAUCAUCUAAGGGCUCACCUUGAUUAAGAAACACGAACAAGGCGUCGCAGCUGGUGGACUGAAAAAUUUGUGAUGUCCAAAAGUCAAUAUAACAAUCAAGAUCCUACAUUUAAACAUAAAACCUCUACUGGACCAGGAUACGUUUUCUGCUUACAGUUUUGCAUUUGCUUGAAGUUAUUUGUAGGUUUGUAUUCCAUAUAUACACACAUCACAGAAAUAUCUGAGUACAUCUGGUCCUACAAUGCCACCCUGCAGUUCCAGGAGGAAUCAGAAAGCAGCUUCAUCUGAGUUUGCACAAAGACUCACCUUCACAAUGUUGUGAGAAAUCAAAAAGCUAUACUUUUGUGGGGGUUUGUGGGGCCAGAAAUCAAAAACACACGUCUCACACUCUUUUUAUAUCAGUCUUGUGGCCAAAAAAAACAUUAAUUUAUUGAUACUGAUACUGAAAGUCAUUAUAAUAAGUAAUUUUUUUUAAAUUUCUCCAUCAGAAUGUAAUGCCAGUGUACAGGUAAAAAGAGUAAAACAUAUUUCUAGAUGUUUUAUUUAUUUGAAUCAUUUUAGUAAGAAGGUGACAGAUCUGUUAAUAGAAAUGCCAAGUUUAAAACCAGACUGAAUGAUGUUAUAUUUGAUUUAAUAUAAUGCCAUAAUCAAAAUAUUACAUGCAUUUGUCCAUAUUCGUGAUAUUUUCUCUUGUUGAGAUAAUAUUUUGUGCGGUGUCGAGUUUAACCGUGAGACACAAACAAACCUGAUAGCUACAGUCAUCUAAAUCAGAAUCUUUUGCUGUCACUUCCACUAGAGUAUCAACAAACAAAGCAGGAAAUGAAAUCAGCAUCAACAGCUUAAUGAAUUUCGCUCUAGCAUAACCCUCACAGCAAGUGAAGCUUGGAUUGUGAUGUAUCUACAGUUGUAGGAAAGCAGAAAAGAGAGUUGUAAAUACAUUCCUAAUUUAUUUGUGUCCAUUACUCUGCUCUUAUUGAAUAGAUUUAACACCAGUAGAUAAUGAAAAGCAAGUGUAGUAAUUAAAAGUUUUAAUUUUUUAAUAGAAAUCCACUAAUAGGCCUUGACUUUAUUAUCCUGUUUGAAAGAAUAUAUAUAUAUA